AGAUUAUCCAAACGUUACCGUGGCAACAAGCAACAUGACCUUCACCUGUGACAUCACAGUCAAAGUUGGUACAAUAAUAUUUGUGAAUCUUGUGAGAGCACCACACCCUGGAAACAUUCUCCUCAAUAUGGACAUGGGAAAUACAAGUACAAUGGUGAAUUUCGUGCAGUGGCCUGAUAGGCUUAUAAAACAGUUUGAUAUAUAUACCCUCCAAAGACAAAAAGCAACAAACGAAACUGUGUCUCUGAACUUCAUAAUUCCUGCAAGGAAUAAAUACAUGUUUUGGGCCUCUGUGUCAGCUUACCCAAUUAAAGAAAUUGAAUGUAGUCAUACAAACUCAUCACCCAUGUCCUACCCUCUCUGCCCAAGUGCACCAGAUCCCCCUUCUACGGAAACAGAUGAAGACAAAGAUCCUGCUUCAACCGAAACAGAUGGAGACAAUGGAGAUACCCAGGACAGAGAAAACAAGAAAGAAAGUACCAUUGACAACAAAGAGUUCAUUCUCAUAAUAUGUGUCUCCAUAUUUGUUGCCACUGCACUGAUUGCAACCGUAGUUGCUGCAAUAUGUAUCUGUAGAAAAAGUGGUAACAAAGCACCGUUACGUCCCAAUUUGACAGAGCCUCCCAGUGUAGCAACCCUUCAAAGAAUGGAACAAACAAGUGAUAUAGGCCUGAUGGAUACUAAUACAGAAGAAACAAGACCAACAGGUGAAGUGUCUCAAACAACAGGUCAUGACAAUAAAGCAAAUGUGGCAGAUACAGACUCAGAUAGCGAAGAAAUAUAUCAGAACAUCAUCGUCAUGAGAGAGAUGGAAAUGAUUAAUAGUGAGAAGGCUAAAUCUACCCAACAGGAGAACAAUGUGCUUAAAUACCAUGGUCAUCGAGACAACACUGAAUUUCAUUUUCGAAAUGAAGAAGAUGAGAGUUUUCCAGAUUUGAAUGAUAUUACUCACAAGCAGGAGGGGGUUUACAUGAAUAAUGAUAAUAACAUGAAUAAUGAUUUUAACAUGAAUGAUGAUAUUUAUAUGAAUGCUGGACUUAUUGAUGAUGAGCCACAUGCCUACAAGGUUGAGAGAGAUGAGAUGAGUCCAAGCAUGGAAAACAUCUUUGUUAACACAACAGAUGAACUGAAACUUAAACUUCAAGCAAGAAGGAUGAUAAGUGAAAAAGAAUAGUAUUAACUCUAAUUAUCAGUAUUAUGUCCUGUAAUGAUUUUGUUAGUAAACCAAGUGUUUUGUUUGAAACACAAUAAAAUCUUGAAUCUUGAAUCUUUACCAUAGAAAACAUAUUGACAUUUUUUGACACAGAAUUUAUACCAAUGUGUAUAAACAUUGUAUCUAUAUAAACCUACAAAUUAAGAUGACAAAAUACAGUAUUGAUAUGGUGAACUGAAUUGAACACAUGUUUCUGUUAAACCAGUCAUCAACAAUUUCU